AUGAUUAUUCCUAUCAGAUGCUUUACUUGUGGGAAGGUAGUGGGUCAUUUAUGGAGUGAUUAUGUGCAAUUACUCUAAGAUGGUGUGACAACUGGAGAAUCCUUAGAUAGAUUGGGUUUGGAGAGAUAUUGUUGCAGAAGAAUGAUAUUAACACAUGUAGAUUUGAUAGACAAAUUGCUAAACUAUAAUAUUUACAAAACACUGUGAAGUUCUGAUUUUUAUUAGCAAAAAUUUAGUUCAUUAUUAUA